CUUCCUUCCUUCCUUCCUUCCUUCCUUCCUUCCUUCCUUCCUUCCUCCCCCUCCCCUCUGCUGUUUUUAAAGCAGCCUGGCCUUGGUGGCAUCAGCCUGUGAGCAGGCCCUGCAGGGACGCGGGGCCCAGCACCACCUCCCGGCCGCCCGGAGCCCUGCGCCCUGGGCGGGCAGGUCACUCCCUGCUCUGCGCAGCGCCCGGAGCGCACGCUGGCCGGGAGGGGGCGAGGGGAGCCGGCGGCCGGGCCAUGGCGCCCGCGGCGGGGCGCGGGGUCCCCGGGCUGUGGCGGGCCUGCAGCGCGCUCAUGGCCACCUUCUUCGCGCUGGCCGCCUGCGUGCAGGCAGGUGGGAAGGCGGGACCAGCAUCUGCUAACGGCCGGUGUUCUGGCUUCCAGGUCAACGACCCCGACGCCGCGCUGUGGGUGGUGGUGUACAUGAUACCUGCCGUGCUGACCCUGCUUGUUGGACUUAACCCUCUUGUCACGGGUAGCUGCAUCUGGAAGACUGUUUCUGCAGCGCACGUCUUAUUCUGCCUGCUGUGGGCUGCCGGCCUGGCCUGCUCCCUCCUGCUGCGUGCACAGCACAACAUCUUACACGAGGAAGAAGGCAGGGAGCUGUCUGGUCUGGUGAUUAUCAUAGCAUGGAUGAGUCUGUGCCACAGUUCUUCAAAAAAUCCACUUGGUGUUGGAAGAGUUCAGCUUCUUCUUGCCAUUGUAAUACCUCUUUUCCCAUUUAUUUUAUGGGUCUAUGUGUAUAUAAACAAGGAGAUGCGUUCUUCCUGGCCGACACACUGCAAGACAGUGAUUUAAGUGAAUCCAAGAAGGGUGUGCUCUAAAAAUGAAAAUAUUCUAUUCCCUAUAAACUUUGGCAUAACGGAAGAGUUUUCCAGUUCAUUUAAGGUAAUGUGAGCAGACAUAAGAGAUUAUCUACAAAUAAGAAAUCUAUAAAAGGUCUUCAGAAUUUUUUACGACUGCCUACAGUACAUUGUAAGAUUGUACAGAACAAUAAGAAUGGGGUCUGACAUUCUCUGGCUGCCUUUCAUGAAGGACAUUGUGCUAAGUGUAGUCACAAGGCGCAAGAAUGGAACUUAAGAAAUCUGUCUUUUGUUAGGCACAAUGACACAUGCCUGAUAGUUGUUUUCUUAUCUGUAGAAUGAAAUACCAGAUCCUCUACUUAUUUAUACAGCUGUUAAAAUCCAAGUAGACAUGAAAUACUCUGAAAAUAUAAAGUACUGGAAAUUAUGAAGUGCUAAACAUAACUAAAACUGAGAACCAUUGAAAGAGAGGUAGGUCCCAGAGAUGCCUAUAGCCCUAAAUUAAUCUCAUAUACUAUUUUAGAGUCAGGAAUUAAAGACUGUAGUUGAAUGAAAUCAACCAUUGUGUCUUGGAAUAAAGAUUAUUGAAGGGGGGGUGUUAUGGUUUGUGUCUGGAUGUCCCCCUGAAGCCUCAUGCAAUCAUGAGGGCAGGCUUCUAGAUUUUGUGCUUCAUGGUCCAGUGCUGGAAUUAUGGGUGUGGGUGCCUCCUCCACCAUAGGUGGGUGUGGCCUUCGUACAAUGUAUUGGACAGAAGGAGUCUUCUUUCCACUCCUCCCUUUUUGCUCCUGUGGCUUUUGUUGUCUUCUGCUGCCAUCCACUGUUGCCCUAUGACAUGUACCAUUCUGCCUUGGAGCCAGCAGAUUACAGAGUGAAACCUCCACAAACCGUGAGCUAAAUAAACCUUUCCUCCUGUAACUUGGGGCAUCAGGUAUUUUAUCUCAGCAGUGAGAAAAGUAACUAAGAAGGGGGAAAGGACCUUAGGACCAAUCAAGAAGGAAACAGAAUAUUAAUUAAGAAUAAUUAAUUUCAUUAUUCUGAAAAAGGCCAAAAUAUCCACAUUUUUUUAAAAAAAAAUGAAUGUUGUAAGUGACCCUAGAAUACAGAGCUUCUUUUUUUUUUUUUACAUCUUUUUAUCAGUACCGGGGAUCAAACUCAUGACCACCUGCUUGCAAGGCAGGUGCUUAUGCCACUGAGCUAAAUCCCCAGCCAAAAUAGAGAGCAUUUUUUUUUUUUAAUUUUAUUUAAGGAGAAAAGAAAAAAAAAGCAGGGAAAGGGUACAAGUUAUACAGAUAAUAGAGAGCAUUUUUAAAAAGCUGUUCUCUCCAAUAUGACAGCCAAUGGCCACACGCUGUUAUUGAGCAUUUGCAAUGUAGCUAGGGUGACUGGCAAAGUAAAUUUGCAGUGUUUUUGAUUUUUAAAAUGAUAUUCAAUUAUCAGAAAAUAUUUAAGUGUGCCUGGAACAACUUGGGCAUUUGAACCUACGUUUUCAACUGCAAAUUUUGAUAUCUACAUGCAGAUCGUCUUUGCAACAAUUUACUGUUCAAAUGAGUGGGCUGUUAAGUAUAAAAUACACACCAGAUUUUAAAGAAAUUGUACAAAAAGAAUAAAAUAUUUUAUAUUGAUCUCAUGUUGAAAAGAUAUUUUAAUAUAUAUUGAAUAAAAUACUAUUAAAACUA